GAUGAUGCUGAGCAGAAAGGAGAGAAACCUCCAGAAGAAACAUCGUUACCAGCUCCGGAGGCGGACAUUAAUACAGUUGCUCCUUCGCUUUUGGUGACAGACACACAGGAGCCAGAGCUGGCUGGCGAUAUUCCAAUCUUCCCCAAGGAACCAAUUAUACUACCGGAUGUGGAACAUGACUUAAAGGCGCUUCCUGCUCCAAGUCAGGCAUGUUUAAUAGGAUUUCAGCAUGAGAUUUCAGUGUGUAUUGAGGUCCCGCAUAUGUUGGGUCAGGAUAUCGGAGAAGGCCACGAAUAUACUGGUGGUAUUACAAACCCAACACCAGACGUAAUAAAUGAGUCUGAUAGAACAGAUUCCCCUCUACAUAACAGUGACCAUGAAUCUUCCGAAACAUCUGAGGACUUAUGUAUUCGGCUCCGGCUUCCUCUCAGCAUGCAGGACUUCCAGUUCCGCUCUGUGUUGGGUAGAGGGGGCUUCGGCAAAGUUCUGCUGGCUAAGUACAAGAAUACAGAUAAUAUGUAUGCCCUGAAAGUUAUAAGAAAAGGAGAAUUAGAGACAUACCCUGCGCUCAAUAGCCUUCUGUCUGAGAAGCGGAUAUUUCAAAUUGUGACCAAAAGGCGUCACCCAUUUUUAAUUAGCUUGUUUGGGUGUUUCCACACUCGAGAUCACGCCUGUUUCGCAAUGGAAUACGCUGCUGGGGGCGACCUAGGAGCAAACCUCAAGAACAACCAGAGUCCUUUUCCAGAACCCAGAGCUAUAUUUUAUUCUGCAUGUGUCGUCCUGGGACUGGAGUUCUUACAUGAACAGAAAAUCAUCCACAGAGACCUAAAAUUAGAAAAUAUUGUACUAGAUGAAAAGGGAUUUGCAAAAAUUACCGACUAUGGUCUUUGUAAAAAAGGAAUCGGAUACGGUGGCACAACAAAGUCUCUUUGCGGAACACCAGAUUACUCAGCUCCUGAAAUCUUAAAGUACAAGCCAUACACAAGAGCUGUAGACUGGUGGAGUCUUGGAGUAGUAAUUUAUGUAAUGCUAUCUGGAGAGUACCCUUUUGUAGGCCGUGAUGAAGAGAAGCUGUCUGCUACUAUCAUCAGAGGAAAGUUCAAAUAUCCAAAGUCUCUGUCCAGAAACGCCAAAUCAAUAAUAGGCCAGCUUCUCACUAAAAAAUUAAGGGCACGACUUGGGGCCAGUGAGAAAGGCGCACAAGAUGUCAAAGAGCACCAUUUUUUCGAACACAUAGAUUGGGCUGCAUUGUUAUUACAGAAUGUGACGCCUCCAUUUGUGCCAGCCAUUAAAGGAACUGAAGAUGUCAGCAAUUUUAGUAACAUGUUCACCAAAGAAGAUCCUGUUUUAACUCCUACAGAAGGGCGACCUGCAAUAACGUCCUUUGAGGUGGUGGCAUUUCAGGAUUUUAAUUGGAGGGCUGACUGGAGUUAA